CACCUGACCCGGACUCCGGCGACGCGAUGGCGGCUCCCUUGCUGCGCUUGGGCUUCCCUGGAAGACGCUGGGCUUUAGGAUGGAUAGACGGCGGUUCUCGCCACCGAAGUGGAGCUCAGACUGGGCCCACAUCCACCUGGGCUAGGCGACAGAGCUCAGUGGCUCAGCCUUCCCUCCACAUGGCUCUGAAGCCGAGGAAAGGUGAACACAAAUGGGCAGCUGUAGUAGGACUGGAAAUUCAUGCACAGAUUGCCUCUAACUCCAAACUCUUCUCUGGAGCUCAAGUGUGCUUUGCAGCACCUCCGAAUUCUUUGGUUUCUUUUUUUGAUGCAUCUCUGCCUGGAACUUUGCCGGUUCUCAACAGGAGGUGUGUGGAAGCUGCAGUGAUGACUGGCUUGGCCCUGAACUGCCGAAUAAACAAGAAGUCCCUGUUCGACAGGAAGCACUACUUCUACGCUGACCUUCCCGCCGGCUACCAGAUCACCCAGCAGAGGCUCCCGAUUGCCGCCAGCGGACACCUGACAUACAGUGUCUGCCGAGGGAAGAAGCAGAGCCAAGUGGCCAAGACAGUGAGGGUCAAGCAGAUCCAGCUGGAGCAGGACAGUGGCAAAAGCCUCCACGAUGACCUGAGAGCCCAGACGCUCAUUGACUUGAAUAGAGCCGGGGUUGGCCUCCUCGAGGUGGUCCUGGAGCCUGACCUGUGCUGUGGGGAAGAGGCAGCCCUCGCUGUCAGGGAGCUGCAGCUGAUCCUUCAAGCCCUGGGAACCAGCCAGGCCAACAUGGCAGAGGGCCAGCUGAGAGUAGAUGCCAACAUAUCCGUGCAUCACCCCGGGGAAGCGCUGGGGGUCCGCACUGAGGUGAAGAACCUCAACAGCCUCCGGUUCUUGGCCAGAGCCAUCGACUGUGAAAUUCAGAGGCAAAUCACUGAACUUGAGAAUGGAGGUGAAAUUCUGAAUGAAACCCGCUCAUUCGAUUACAAGCUGGGGUGCACCGUGCCAAUGAGAGACAAAGAAGGAAAACAGGACUACAGGUUUAUGCCAGAGCCCAACCUGCCUCCCUUGGUGCUCCAUGACAGCGCAUCUCUGCCUCCUGGUGCAGACCCUGAGCAGGUGGUCAACGUGGACCAGCUUCGGGACAGGCUCCCCGAACUCCCCAGUGCAACCAGAGAAAGGCUGGUCCGGCAGUACGGAAUGCUGCCAGAGCACAGCUUUGCCUUGCUGAGUGAAGUUGGCCUACUGGAGUUCUUCCAAAGUGUGAUAAAGGAAACUAGGGCAGAGCCAAAAAAGGUGACUAACUGGGUCCUGAACACCUUCCUGUGCUAUUUAAAGCAGCAGAACCUGGCAGUCAGCGAGAGUCCUGUCACGCCCGCUGCGCUGGCCGAGCUCCUGGACCUGCUGGACAGUAGAGCCGUUUCUUCAGCAGCAGCUAAGCAGGUGUUUGAGGAGCUGUGGAGGGGGGAGGGGAAGAGCGCAGCACAGAUCGUGGCAGCGCAGCAGCUGGAGCUGAUGCAGGAUCGAGAGGCCCUGGAGGAGCUCUGCCAGGCCACCAUGGACGAACACCCCCAAGUGGUGAUGGACGUGAAGGAAAGAAACCCCAAAGCUAUAAAUAAGCUGAUCGGGCUGGUCCGCAAAGCGAGCCUCAGCCGAGCAGACCCAACCCUGAUAAAGGAGAUACUGGAGAAGAAGCUGUCAUUGUGAGGUGUUGGGGCCCCUCCGCCUGAGGGAGGACAGUGUGGCCCUGAGAAGAGGGACCCCUGGGGGCUGCCCUCAUGUGCUGCACAAGUUGUGUCUCGGUCACAAGCUAAGCCUCCCAGUGUGUGUGAGAGCCCGCGACCUGAGACGCCAUCGCAGAAGACGGGCAGCAGCACCUCCGCCUGUGAGGAAGCGGCUGCUUGAUGGUGCAGCAGUGACUAGAGAAACGGUGAUUCUAAGCUGAAUAAAGCGCAUGACCCCA